GCAAGGAACAUUCAUUCACAUUGGAUGUUCUGUGAUUCCGCCCAUAAACAAACUACGCCAUUAAACGAAUUACGAACAAGUGAUUAAGCUGGAGCGACUACUAGAUCACUAGAAAAGGAAGUCUUAAAACCUUUUGAAUAAAAAUGAAUGCUGCUAAGAGACUAGUACCAGUUUCUGGAACUUUACUCAGGCAAUUCCAUAAAACCAAUGUAGUACGUGCAACCGAAGAACAAAUGUAUGCUAAAAGACAAAGACUAAGGAAAUUGCAAGAAAAAUUCCAGAUUCCUGAUGGUACUCCAGUCUAUUUGAAAGGAGGAUUCACAGAUAGGCUGUUAUUUGGAACAACCUGCAUAUUGUUACUUGUAUCAAUGGGAAUGUCUGCAGAAACCAUAUAUCAGCUUCUCAUUAAGUGAAUUGUGAUAGUUAAUGAUUAGAAUGAAAGUAGUCAGUACUUGUCUCAUCUAUUGUUAAAAAAAAAAUCAUAAAAACUAUAUAUAAGUU